AUGGCUUCCAAGAAUCUCCCAAAGGUCUUUUUCGAUGUCGCCGUCAACGGCAAACCAAGUGGCCGUAUGGUCUUCAAGCUUUUCAACGACACUGUCCCCAAGACUGCCGAGAACUUCCGUGCUUUGUGCACUGGUGAGAAGGGUGUUGGUCAAGCCGGCAAGCCUCUCCAUUUCAAGAACAGCUACUUCCAUCGUAUCAUUCCUGGUUUUAUGGCUCAAGGUGGUGAUUUCACCCUUGGUGAUGGUCGUGGUGGUGAAUCCAUCUAUGGUCGUACCUUCAACGACGAGAACUUCACUUUGAAGCACACUGGCAAGGGUGUCCUCUCCAUGGCUAAUGCUGGUCCUAACACCAAUGGCUCCCAAUUCUUCAUCACUUUUGACAAGACCCCUUGGUUGGAUGGUAACCACACUGUCUUUGGUCAAAUCUCUGAGGGCAACGAAGUGUUGGAUCUUUUGGAACAAUAUGGAUCGCCAACUGGUCGUCCUACUGGCAAGAUUGAGAUUGUCGACUGUGGUGAGAUCAAGGAUCAAUAA